AUGGCGUACGAUCGGUACACCCGCGGUACUCCCACUUUCGACGACCUAGACGAUCGCGAUGCGCCGUACGGCGAUCCGACCGCGUCGUCCGACAACGACGGCGUUCCCGACGUCGUUAAGACGUUCGUCGCGUUCCUCUACCGUCACAUUCGCGAGAAUAACGUGUACGAGAUCCACCAGAUGUACGAGAACAGCUUCCACAAGUUAUCGCAGCGACUGUUUAGCGAAUCGCCGUGGCCCACUGCGGAAGCGAUCGCGCCGGUGGUGGAUCACGACCACGUGUUCUGCCUGCUGUAUCGCGAGCUGUACUUCCGCCACGUGUUCGCGCGGCUCCAGCCGACGUUGGAGCAGCGGUGCGAGUCCUGGGAGAACUACUGCAGCCUGUUCCAGGUGGUGCUGCUGGGCAACCUGAACGUACAGCUGCCCAACGCGUGGCUGUGGGACAUGGUGGACGAGUUCAUCUACCAGUUCCAGUCUUUCUGCCACUUCCGCGCGCGAGUCAAGAGCCGCACGGACGAGGAGAACGCAGCACUGAAGCAGUGCGGCAAUGUGUGGAAUGUCUACGGAGUUCUCAACUAUCUACAUGCUCUCGUGGCCAAAUCCAACAUCCUGGCCAUCCUGGAUGACGAUUCGGACGGAGGGGCAGCAGCCAUGUUCCUGGCCACCGAGGGCUACGACAUGACGGGCGCGGGGGGCAGCAACGUGGAGCGCGUGCUGGGGUACCUGUCUCUGGUGGGGCUGCUGCGCGUGCACUGCCUGCUGGGGGAUUAUCAUACGGGCCUCGUGAAGCUGUCCCCUAUUGAUGUUGGGAGGCCGGGCGUGUUCCAGCGAAUCACAGGCUGCCACAUCACCGCCAUGUACUACUAUGGCUUCGCGAGUUUGAUGCUGCGCAGGUACGUGGACGCUAUCAGGGCUUUCAACCAGGUGUUGCUGACGCUCUCCAAGGCCAAGCAGUACCACGAGUCGCUCCCCCAAUACGACCAGAUCCUCAAAAAGACCGAACAGAUGUACGCGCUUCUUGCCAUCUGCCUCUCACUCUGCCCGAACGGAAAACUUCUGGAGGAGAGCGUCAACGGGCAGCUGCGCGAAAAGUUUUCGGACAAGAUCCAGAGGAUGCAGCGCGGUGACGAGGCGGUUUUCGACGAGCUGUUUUCGUUCGCCUGCCCGAAGUUUGUCACGCCUGCCCCUCCCGUGGAGGACGGGGGAGAGCUGGUCAACUACAACCAGGAUGCCUACCGCCUGCAGCUGAAGCUGUUUCUGGCCGAUACCACCCUCAGGACUGCUCUAAUCACCCUUCGCCAUAAGAACACGGUUGUGGAGGCGGAUGGCUCGGUGCUGCCCAAUGCUGAGCUGGACUUCUACAUCGAUGAUGACCUGGUGCAAGUGGUUGAUCGCAAGACCACGAGGCGGUUCGGAGACUAUUUCAUCAAGCACAUUCUCAAGUUUGACGAGCUUGCAGGGCAGCUGGAGAACGUUCAGCUAGCAGUGUAA